AGCUCGAGCCCAGUCACAUUCCUUUCAUGUUCAAUACUGAGCAGCAACAAGCAAUUGCAACAAUGUGAAUUUCAACUUCGGAUAUUCGAACAUCUUUGACGAGGAUAGGCAAAAAUUACAGAAGGAAGAUUGGGUUGGAACGAUCCGUAUGGAAUUGUCAACGUAUGGAAUUGAGAGGGGCUGUUUUUAUUGCAGCAUGAGUUCAACUGGUGGCAGGUCCUGCUAGACCUGAACAGACCGUGAGUGUGUUGGUGGAGGCUCAUCAGUCUCCAGUAUGGAGUGUUUGGUAUGAGCCGUGGCCGGUCUGUUGGUCCUUGGGCCGGUCCAGUGGUGAGGUGUCCCUGUCCCUUGGCGGGAUGCUGAGGGCAGGUGGUCCCCACCAGUAUGACUCCCCUGGACCUGUGGCUGUCCCGCUCCAUCCCCAUGUGCCUGCUCCUCCAGAGCCUGGUCCUCAUGGCCCUGUGCUUCCCCUCCGCCUCCAUGUGUCCCAAGGGCUGCGUCUGCCAGCGGGCCCGACCCGACCCGGGCCUCCACCUCGGCCCGGGGCCCCUGGGGCUCUUCCUUGGCCUCAAUGUCACCUGUACCGGGUCCCGGCUCAAAGAGAUCCCCCCGGACCUGCCUCCAGACACCGCCGUGCUCCGCCUCGACCACAACCAGAUCAUGGCCGUUCCCGACCAUGCCUUCCGGGGCUUGAGGCUGCUGCGGGAGCUCAACCUGUCCCACAACGCUGUGGAGACGCUGGAGGAGGGUGCCUUCAGUGGCGUGGAGGCCACACUGCAGGUCCUCGACCUCUCACACAACCGCAUCACUAGCGUGCACAAGGAUGCAUUCGCCCGGCUCAAAGCGCGGGUCCUGGUGGAUGACAACCCCUGGCACUGUGACUGCACCCUGCAGCAGGCACUGGGCGGCAUGGCCCACAACCACGAGGCGGCUGCACGCGUCCUCUGCAGGAGCUCCGAGCUCCAGGAGCAGGAGGGACGCCAUUUCCUGGCGGUGGACACAGACCUGUGUAACCUGGCCAAGAGGACCACGGACUACGCAAUGCUGGUGACGAUGUUCGGCUGGUUCGCCAUGGUCAUCUCCUACGUGGUGUAUUACGUACGGCAGAACCAGGAGGAUGCCCGACGACACUUGGAGUACCUUAAGUCGCUGCCCAGCAAGCCUGUGAAGCCCAACGAGGUGGAGGACAUCAGUACUGUGGUGUAGCAGGACAUCAUCACUACUAGACACUAUAGGACAUCAGUACUCCAGUGUGACAUCCCUGUAGUGAGAACUGACAUCACUAUAGUGAGAACUGACUGUAUACAAUAUAAUUAGAAUGCCUAAUUAGUUCUAGAAUUAGAAUGACUAAUUGAUUCUAAUUCUAUGCAUGAACAGCUGAAGUUCAGAACUAAACCCGGAGAUAUAGGACCCAUAUUUCAAAAUGGAUGUAACGUCUUCUGUUGUGAAAAUGUUUUUUUGAUGUACUCAAAAGAAAUCAUGAUAGAUUAAACCUGGAUCCUUGCAUUUGAAGCUUCACACCCAAUAUGUGUUAAUUACAAAGGUAAACACUGAGAAAGCCCCAUUUUUAAAGAGACGUCAAUCUAAAGACAAGCAUUUUGGAAUGCACAUGUGCAUAGACAACAGCAGUUAGUUCAGAUCACAUUAACAGAAGGGUAAAGUCUAUGGGGGUACCACAGAUGGCUUCAUUGAGAUCUGUUCUGAGAUUGUUUUGAAAAUCUGAAUCUCAGGUUUAAAUUUUGAUAGGUUGAUAAGUAUUUUUUUAGAGCAAAAUCUGGAGAAAUGGUUUUUGGACAACAUUUUUGUAAGGUAAUGAUAACAGCCCUUUGAUCUAGAGGGUGUUCUCUGUGCUUGUGCAUCCAACUGCAUACUUUGUUUAAUUUAAUUUGAAUAAAUAACAGGCCCCAAACAUCAAUCAUGAAACUUACCUUUACUUUCCAAAUGUGAAAUAAUUAGAAUCAAUGAUUUGUUAAAAUGAUCAUGACAUCACCAAUGUUGAAAAACGACUGAUGUGCUGUAAAAAUACUAAACAUUUCUUCCUUAA